CCCCGCGGAAGUGCCCGGAUGUGGCCGCGCCGGAAGAGAAGCGCGUCUCCUUAGGGCCCGCCAUCUUGUGCGGCAGAGAGCAGGGCGCGGGGGGCCCGGUAGCAUCCGCGCAGGAUCCCGCCGACGGGGGCCCAUCAUGCCCGGACACCUGCAGGAGGGCUUCGGGUGCGUCGUCACCAACCGCUUCGAUCAGCUCUUCGAUGACGAGUCCGACCCCUUCGAGGUGCUGCGCGCGGCGGAGAGCCGGAGGAAGGAGAGCGGCGGCGGCGGCGGCGGGAGCCAAGCGGGCGGCGGAGCCCGCGGCCCUGCGGGCGCCCAGAGCGGCUCCUCGGGCGGCGCCGGCGGAGCAGGCCAGGCGGGCGGCGGCGCGGGCAGCGCGGCCAAGCAGCUGCGCAGGGAGUCGCAGAAAGAACGCAAGAACCCGCUGCCGCCCUUCGCCGGCGGGGACCGCCGGGAGGAUGGCGGGGGCCAGCCCGGAGCGCCGCUGCGGAAGGAGGGGAUAAGGAGGAUUGGCAGGAGGCCUGAUCAGCAGCAGCAGCAACAGCAGCAGGGCGAGGGCAAACCCAUCGACAGGAGACCCGAGCGACGACCUCCCCGCGAGCGCCGCUUCGAGAAACCCGCCGAGGAGAAGGGCGAGGGAGGAGAGUUCUCUGUGGAUAAACCCAUCCUGGACAGGCCCAUGCGUGGCCGUGGCGGGCUGGGCCGGGGCCGUGGCCGCGGGCGCGGGAUGGGCCGAGGCGACGGAUUCGACUCGCGCGGCAAACGGGAAUUCGACAGACACAGCGGCAGCGAUAGAUCUUCUGUUUCACAUUCACAUUUCAGCGGGCUAAAGCACGAGGACAAGCGCGGUGGCAGCGGAUCGCACAACUGGGGAACCGUCAAAGACGAGCUAACUGAAUUGGAUCAGUCAGCUGUAACUGAGGAGACGCCGGAGGGAGAGGAGCACCCGCCUGCUGAUUCUGAAAACAAAGAGAACGAGGUUGAAGAAGUGAAGGAGGAGGGCCCUAAGGAGAUGACCCUGGAUGAGUGGAAAGCCAUUCAGAGCAAGGACCGCGCGAAAGUCGAGUUCAACAUCCGCAAACCAAACGAGGGAGCUGAUGGGCAGUGGAAAAAAGGAUUUGUGCUCCACAAGUCAAAGAGUGAGGAGGCUCACGCCGAGGACUCGGUGAUGGAUCACCACUUCCGCAAACCCGCCAACGACAUCACGUCCCAGCUGGAGAUCAACUUCGGCGACCUGGGGCGCCCCGGGCGCGGCGGCAGAGGGGGCAGGGGCGGCCGGGGCCGCGGGGGCAGGGCCAGCCGCGGGGGCAGGACCGACAAGUUGGUCAAGGAGUUUGAUGUGAUCCACACGCCCAACCAGUCAAGUGCUUCUGCUCCUGAUGUAGAUGACCCAGAGGCUUUCCCAGCUCUGUCCUAAACUGGAUGUCAUAAAGCCAACCCUGCCCUGGUUGGGCCUUCCUCUCCGAGGCUUGCAUGCUUAAGGAUCCUAAAACAACUAAGAAAUUGAAAAAAAAAAAAAAAACAAACAAUACAAAAAAAAAAAAAAGAGACUGUCAUUCAUACCAUUCACACCUAAAGACUGAAUUUUAUCUGUUUUGAAAAUGAACUUCUCUCGCUACACAGAAGCAACAAUAUGGUAGUCAAGUUUUGUAUUUAGAAAUGUAAUGGUAGCAGGGAUGUUUUCAUAAUUUUUUCAGAGAUUAUGCAUUCUUCAUGGAUACUUUUUUGUAUUGCUGCUUGAAAAUAUGCGUUUCCAAACUUGAAAUAUAGGUGUGAACAGUGUGUACCAGUUCAAAGCUUUCCCUUCAUUUGUGUUCAUUUUUAUUUUUUUUUUUAAUUCAGGAUUUUAGACUUUCCCCCCCCUUUCCUUCCCCCCCAAAUUCCAAGCUAGGAUUGAAUUAUUGCACACUACUUCAGUUUCCUUAAUUCCUUUUUAGCAGAUUUUUCUCAGCCCAUGGAAUUUGUGGAAUAUUAAUUUGGGCAGAUUGUUAGUGCUGUAUGGAAUGAACUCCUGGAGUUAAGUUUUAAUUCUUCAUUUCCAACAUGGAAAACCAGUCCAUUUUUUCAUCUCUGUUGGGUAGUUUUGUUUACACACAAUCUUUCUAGAAAAUUGAAAGCAGAUGCUUGAAAUCAAGAUUCAAAGCACAUUGGUUUAUGAUUCAAUAUCUGUGUAUGGAUCCAGCAAUGGGUAACUGGCCUGAAAACCAGGUUUUUAAAAUUCCUGUAUCCCACCUUUCACUCCCCCUUUGGACCUUUAUUCCCUCCUCCUUCCCUUCAACAGAACAAGAUGCUUUGUUGGCAAAAAAAAAAAACAAAAAGAAAAA